GAUCAACUUCAAAGAUAUAGCUGUCUCUUUGUGUUGUUUUAGCUAGCUCGAUUCUUGUCUCCGUCUCCGGCUCUGUGAGAGAGAUGGAGUUUUUCCAGCUUUUUAACUUGACCUUUACUGGCGUUUUCCUUUACUUGUUAUUUAGACUAGCGAUUUCUUUGUGGAUUUCACCUGCUAGGACUUAUAUGAAGCUUAAAAAGAAUGGGUUUGGAGGUCCAACCCCAAAUUUCCCUCUAGGGAAUAUUGAGGAGAUGAAAAAGAUCAGUAGAAGUAGUGUUGCUGCAGCUUCUGCUGGAUCUUUAGCAGUCUCCAAUGAUAUUCACUCUACUGUCUUUCCUUACUUUGCUCAAUGGCAGAAGGUUCAUGGGAAGGUGUUCAUAUACUGGUUAGGUACAGAGCCAUUUUUAUACAUAGCAGACCCGGAGUUCCUUAAAAGGAUGUCUACAGGCGUCAUGGGCAAAAGCUGGGGAAAGCCCAAUGUGUUUAAACAUGACAGGAAACCAAUGUUCGGUAAUGGUUUGGUUAUGGUUGAAGGUGAUGACUGGGUUCGUCACCGCCAUAUUAUCACUCCUGCACUCUCACCGGCCAGCGUGAAGGCUAUGGCAAGCUUAAUGGUGGAGUCCACCACUAAGAUGCUGGACAAGUGGACAAGCCUCGUAAAUUCCGGCUGCCAAGAAGUUGACGUCGAGAGAGAAAUCAUUGCAACAGCCGGAGAAAUCAUCGCCAAGACAAGUUUUGGGAUAGGCUACGAAAAUGGGAGGCAAGUGUUCGAGAAAUUGAGGGCCAUGCAGUUCACUCUGUUCAAGACUAACCGUUACGUGGGAGUGCCCUUCAGCAGAUUCUUGUGCCCUAAGCAAACCCUAGAGGCCAAAAAUCUUGGACAAGAAAUCGAUGACCUUCUUAUGACGAUUAUAAGAGAUCGUAGAAAUUCCAAUGGAGGGUAUUCUCAGAAGGACUUAUUAGGGUUAUUGCUGGAGGAGAAUCAUGAGGAGGGGCGGCUAGGGAAGACCUUGACAACGAGGGAACUAGUCGAUGAGUGCAAGACUUUCUUCUUUGGUGGCCAUGAGACCACUGCACUGGCACUGUCAUGGACAUUGCUGCUUUUGGCGGUACAUCCAGAGUGGCAGGAUCAAUUAAGAGAGGAAAUUAGACAAGUUACUGGAGAUAAAGAGAUCGAUUUCUCCACGCUUGCUGGGCUUAAGAAGAUGGGAUGGGUGAUGAACGAAGUUUUGAGGCUCUACUCCCCAGCACCUAAUGUUCAAAGGCAAACCAGAGAAGAUAUUACUGUAAAUAACCUCACCAUCCCCAAGGGAACCAACGUCUGGAUUGAUGUUGUAGGCAUGCACCAUGACCCUGGUCUUUGGGGAAAAGAUGUCUACGAAUUUAAACCUGAAAGGUUCGAUAAUGACUUGUAUGGUGGAUGCAACCACAAGAUGGGGUAUUUACCUUUUGGGUUUGGAGGGAGAAUGUGUGUAGGCAGGCACUUAACCAUGAUGGAGUAUAAGGUUGUUCUGUCCUUAAUUCUGACUAGGUUUUCUUUCUCCCUGUCCCCAAAUUAUUCUCAUUCUCCUUCUAUUAUGCUCUCCCUGAGACCAAAUUUUGGGCUGCCUCUCAUUGUUCAACCCCUGUAGGGUAGGAGUUUUUACCCUGAAAAUAGUUUGAUCUUCAUGUGUAGUACUCUUUCAGCCACCAUGGGCUUGUGUCUUUUCGUAGUGGUUUUGUUGUUUUGCAACAUGUAUGGAAAAUAACUGAAAGCAUGUUCCUCUGUUCA